AUGCCCUUCGCAUCAGCAGCCUCCGCAGCAUCAACUUCCGCCGGCGCAGCUCCACCGCCCACCAACAGUGCAGCCGCUACCGCCACGCCCGCAGCACCGCUCGUCCCCGCCCUCAAGAGCGCCAUCGUAAGAAGCGUGCUCUCCGGCGACACCAUCGUCAUCCGUCCCAAGGGCGUCAACAUCCCCGGCAAGGAAGAGACCGUCCACAUCGCCGGCAUCGCUGCUCCCAGGCUUGGCUCCCGCGACCGCGAAGACGAUCCGCAGGCAUUCCCCUCGCGCGAAUACCUCCGCCUCCUCACCGUCGGCCGCGAGAUCCGCUACCGCAUCGAGUACACCGUCCCCGCACCCGCAGCAAUCCCCGGCAGCGCCGUCGCCCAACCGCGCCAGUUUGCCCACGUCUUCCUCCCACCCAAGGCGCCCGGCCUGCCCGACACCAACGUCGCCCACGACAUCCUCGCCGCCGGCUGGGCCAAGGUGCACGACUCGGUCGCUCGCCGCGCCGACGACGCCGACGAGGGCAGCUGGAAGCAGAAGCUCCGCGCCGUCCAGGACGAAGCCACCGCGGCUGGCGUCGGUCUGUGGGGCCCCGACGACCUGCUCAAGGUGCACCACUCGAUGCCCGAGGACACCGCCGCCUUCCUCGCAGAGUGGAAGGGCAAGCCCAUCGAGUCGAUCGUCGAGCAGGUGCGCGACGGCAGCAUGCUCCGCGUCCGCCUCCUGCUCUCCUCGACACACCAGCAGAUGAUCAACCUCAGCCUGGCAGGCAUCAAGGCGCCCCGCGUCGCCGGUGGCGGCGGCGCUAGCCCCACCGACGCCAGCGAGCCGUUCGGCGAAGAGGCAAAAUUCUUUGUCGAGAGCCGUCUGCUGCAGCGCAACAUCAAGGUCACACUGCUCUCGGUGCCCCAGCCCGUUGCGGCACCCACGCCCUUCGCCAACACCGCCUCGGCCGCACCCGCGCCCGCCGCGCCGUCGGCUAGCGUGCUCAUCGGCCUGGCCAUCCACCCGGUCGGCGACAUUGCGCACUUCCUGCUCGCCGCCGGUCUGGCGCGCUGCGUCGACUGGCACGCCGGCAUGCUCGCCUCGUACGGCGGCAUGGAAAAGUAUCGCCAGGCCGAGCGCGCCGCCAAGGAGAAGCGCCUUAAUCUGUGGCAGUCGUACUCGGCGCCCGCCUCGGCCUCGACCGCGCUCUCGAGCCAGCCCGUGGCACAGCGCACCUUUGACGCGGUCGUGACGCGCAUCAUCUCGGGCGACACGGUGCAGGUGCGCAGGCGCGGCGCCGACGGCAAGCUCGGCCCGGAGCGACGCAUCCAGUUCUCGUCGCUGCGCCAGCCGCAAGCCAAGGAUGCCAAGCAGGCCGGGUAUGCGGCCGAGGCGCGCGAGUUCCUGCGCAAGCGCCUCGUGGGCAAGAACGUGUCGGUGCAGAUGGACUACAUCAAGCCCAAGGACGGCGACUUUGACGAGCGCGAGUAUGCCACGGUCAAGCAGGGCAACAAGGACGCCGAUAUCGGGCUGCUGCUCAUCUCCAAGGGUCUCGCCACUGUGCAGAGGCACCGUCGCGACGACGAGGACCGCUCGCCCGACUUUGACACGCUCAUCGAGGCCGAGGCCAAGGCGAUCGCCGAGGCAAAGGGGAUCCACUCGGGCAAGGAGCUGCCGGCGCCGCGCAUGGGCGACGCCUCCGAGUCCGCGUCCAAGGCCAACACCUUCCUACCCGGCCUCAAGCGCGCCGGACGCAUCGCGGCCGUGGUCGACUUUGUGGCGUCGGCGUCGCGCUUCAAGCUCAUCGUGCCGCGCGAGAACGUGCGCCUCACCUUUGUGCUGGCGGGCAUCCGCGCGCCCAAGACGGCGCGCAACGCGUCCGAAAAGGACGAGCCCUUCGGUCGCGAGGGGCUCGAUUUCUCCACGCUGCGCGCGCUCCAGCGCGACGUCGAGAUCGAGGUGUUCAGCACCGACAAGGUGGGCGGCUUCAUCGGCGCGCUCUACCUCAACAAGUCCGACAACCUCGCCAUCGCGCUCGUCGACAACGGCCUCGCCAGCGUCCACGGAUACAGCGCCGAGUCCACGCCGUUCUACAAGCAGCUGCUCGACGCCGAGGACAAGGCGAAGAAGGCUCAGCUCGGCGUGUGGCAGGGCUACGAUGCGGCUGCCGAGGAGGCUGCGUACGCUGAUGCAGGUAGUGCCGGUGCGGUGGGCGGUGCUGGAGCCGCGCGGGGCGGUGCACCGGCGUGGGGAGGUGCGAGCAACGGCCGUGGUGCAGCCGGAGCGUCGGCUGCAGCGCCCGCGCCCGCACGCACCGAGUACGUCGACUGCAUCAUCUCGGACGUGCGCGGCUCGUCGUCGCCCGACGAGCCGUUCGGAUUCAGCGUGCAGGUGCUCGACGACCAGAUCCAACAACUCGAAACGCUCAUGCACGAGUUCUCGCUCCACCACCAGUCGCCCAUCGCUGCUGGCGGCGCGCACUUCAUCCCACGCGCCGGCGACCUGGUAUCGGCCAAGUUCAGCCAGGACGGAGCGUGGUACCGCGCGGUGAUCCGCAAGGUGUCACCGGGGCUCAAGGAGGCGCAGGUCUCGUUCAUCGACUAUGGCAACCAAGAAAGCGUGUCGUUCAAGAACCUGCGUCCGCUGGAUGCGGCCAAGUUCGGACGUACGCGUCUGGCGGCGCAGGCCAAAGAGGCACGGCUGUCGUUCAUCCGGCUGUACGAUGGCAAGCAGGCCGAGUACGUCGAAGAGGCCCUGGACCGAUUCCGCGCCAUCGCCGCAGAGGGCCGGAAGAUGAUCGCCAACAUCGACUAUACCGAGCCGGGCACCAACAUCAUCCACGUCAGCCUGUACGAUCCCGAAGCGCCCGAGAUUGGAAAGAGCCCCGAGCUGGGGUGUGUCAACUACGAGCUGGCACGCGAGGGGUAUGCGCUGCUCGACACCAGCGUGCGCUACUGGAAGAGCUACCCCGCCAUGACCAAGGCACUUGGCUCUGCACUCGACGAGGCCCGAUCCAGACACCGCGGCUGCUUCGAAUACGGUGACCCCACCGAGGACUAG